CACACACACACACACACACACACACACACACACACGCCCGUGCACCCUCCAGUCUCUGCUCUCUCUCGCUCCUCUCCACGAUGUGCGGCAUCUUCGCCUACGUCAACCACCUCGUCGAGAAGGACCGUCGCCAUGUCAUCGACACGCUCGUGAACGGCCUGGCGCGCCUCGAGUACCGCGGCUACGACUCGGCCGGUAUCGCCGUGGACGGCGACACGGAGAAGGAGGUGCUGCUCUUCAAGCAGGUCGGCAAGGUCCAGGCGCUGCGCGACCACAUCGCCGCGUCCAACGUGGACCUGAGCAAGACGUUCAUCUCGCAGGCCGGCAUGGCACACACGCGCUGGGCCACGCACGGCCAGCCGUCGCCGCUCAACUGCCACCCGCACCGCUCCGACGCGCGCAACGAGUUCACCGUCGUGCACAACGGCAUCAUCACCAACUACCGCGAGCUCAAGCUCGUCCUCACCAAGCGCGGCUACACGUUUGAGACGGAGACGGACACGGAGAGCGUCGCCGUGCUGUGCAAGUACCUCUACGACUCGGCCUCGGGCCGCAAGCCCGACUUUACCAGCCUGAUCAAGAGCGUCGUCAAGGAGCUGGAGGGUGCCUUCUCCUUCGUGUUCAAGUCGACGCACUACCCCGCCGAGGUGGUGGUGGCGCGCCGCGGCUCGCCGCUGCUCAUCGGUGUCAAGACGGAGAAGAAGCUGAAGGUCGACUUUGUGGAUGUGGAGUUCGGCGGCAACCCGGAGGCCGAUGGCGAGGCAGGCCUCUCCAUCCCCCAGCCCGGCCUGCUUGCGCCGCCGGGUGGCCUGCCGGACGGCCCGGGCGGCCUGCAGGUGCCCAACGCCAACAACAAGCUCAUCCGCUCGCAGUCGCGCGCCUUCCUCUCGGAGGACGGCCUGCCGCAGCCGAUCGAGUACUUUAUCGCCUCCGACGCCAGUGCCAUCAUUGAGCACACCAAGCGCGUGCUGUACCUUGAGGACGACGACAUUGCGCACAUCGCCGAGGGCGAGCUGCACAUCCACCGCCUGCGCCGCAACGACGGCCUCUCGUCGAUGCGCUCCAUCGAGACGCUCGAGAUGGAGCUGGCCGAGAUCAUGAAGGGCUCGUUCGACCACUUCAUGCAGAAGGAGAUCUUCGAGCAGCCCGAGUCGGUCGUCAACACGAUGCGUGGCCGCGUCAACUUCGACACGCGCCAGGUGAAGCUCGGCGGCCUGACGGCCUUCCUCAACACGAUGCGCCGCUGCCGCCGCAUCGUGUUCAUCGCGUGCGGCACGAGCUACCACUCGGCCAUGGCCACGCGCGCCAUCUUCGAGGAGCUGACGGAGAUUCCCGUGUCGAUUGAGCUGGCGAGCGACUUCCUUGACCGGCGCACGCCCAUCUUCCGCGACGACGUGUGCGUGUUCGUGUCGCAGUCCGGCGAGACGGCCGACACGAUCCUGGCGCUGCGCUACUGCCUCGAGCGCGGCGCGCUCUGCCUCGGUGUCGUCAACACCGUCGGCUCGACGAUCUCGCGCGAGACGCACUGCGGCAUCCACAUCAACGCCGGUCCCGAGAUCGGCGUGGCUUCGACCAAGGCAUACACGUCGCAGUUCAUUGCGCUCGUCAUGAUGGCCGUGCAGCUGUCCGAGGACCGCAUCUCGAUGACGGAGCGGCGCAACUCGAUCAUCGACGGCCUGCACGACCUGCCGGAGCAGAUCCGCAGCAUCCUCGCGCAGGACAAGUCGCUGCAGGAGCUGGCGCAGGGCACGCUGGCAAAGGAGCGCAGCCUGCUCAUCAUGGGCCGCGGCUACCAGCACGCCACGUGCCUCGAGGGCGCCCUCAAGAUCAAGGAGAUCUGCUACAUGCACAGCGAGGGCAUCCUUGCCGGCGAGCUCAAGCACGGCCCGCUGGCGCUCAUCGACGAGUCCAUGCCGGUGAUCAUCAUCAUGACGAAGGACUCGCUGUACCCCAAGGUGCAGACGGCGCUCAUGCAGGUCACGUCGCGCAAGGGGCAGCCGAUCAUCAUCUGCAACGACGACGACCAGGACAUCGACCCGUCGAGCAAGGCGAUCCGCGUGCCGCGCACCGUCGACUGCCUGCAGGGCCUGCUCACCGUCAUUCCGCUCCAGCUGCUCAGCUACCACCUCGCCAUCGCCGCCGGCGUCGACGUCGACUUCCCGCGGAACCUGGCAAAGUCGGUCACUGUCGAGUAGGCUGGUCGCGCGUCUUCUGCUUCUGGUCUUCCGACGGGGUCAUGCUUGCAGCGUCCUGCGCGUCUCCCAGCCGCUGCAGCGUGUGGCAGAAGCCCGGCGUGCGGCUGGCUCUUGGCACACCUCUCCAAUCUCUCCCUUUUAUACAGACAUCUCUCUGCGCACUCAGCGCGCUGACGUGCCUUUGUGCACACACCCUCACACUCCAUGCCAUCUCUCCGCCCCCCCC